AUGGCUACUUUCUGCAAGGCCAUCAAGGCGAAGGAGAAUCUACACACUUGCGUGGUUCCGGAAGGGUUUCUCGAUGGAGAUGGCGUGGUGCCCGCGAAUUUGACGCUCGCGACUUCCAGCGGAUCGUCGUGGAGCGUGGCGAUCCGGGAGGACUCGGGCGAUUUCCUGCUGGACAAGGGAUGGAGAUCUUUUUGCCUGGACAACGAGCUAUCCUUGGACGAUGUUGUGGUGAUGAAGCGCAUCCAGCCGUCCAAUGUUCUGGUGACCAUCUACGGCGGAGAUGGAUGCGAGAGAAAGAAAUCCCAGUCCUGUGACAUUGCCAAGGCAAACAAUCCUUUCGGAAGCGAAGUUAACAGUGGCAAUAAUUGUAAGCAGGAAACCAGGGAUAGAAUCACUGCUGAUGACUAUCACGAGAUAAUUGAUAAUGGCAACAUCCUCAAGAGAAGCAUGGAUCAUCCGGAAGUUCCUCUCAAGAAGCGAGCAAAGACGACAGUGGGCAGCGAGAAAUCCACAGCCAAGAAGCUCAUCAAGGUGACCCUCAGCUGCUCCAGCCGCACCGUUUCCUCCGAAUCGGCAAUCGCAGCAGCCUCUAAAUUCGAGUGCUCCAAUCCGAGCGUUCUCUUGGCGACCACAAAGAGUACACUCGAUCCAACUUACUACCUGGUUAGCGUUGUUCUUCCGCCACGCCAUCUCUUGCUCUUAAGAAACUUUGUUGUGAUCUUGCAGAUUGUGCACAAGCAAUUCUCGGAGGCUUUCAUGCCCAAGGUCGAUACCGCUGUGAUGCUCGUGAAUUCCAGGGACGAGAGGUUCCCGGCGCGGUGGCUGGCUGCCAGGCAUGUCGUGAGCGGUGGAUGGAGAGGCUUUGCAAGGGCUGAGAAGAUUAAAGUCGGGGAUGCGCUUGUUCUUGAGGUGGUGGACGAAUCCACUUUUAAGAUCCACGUUUUCGAGUAG